CUCAUUCCGUGUCGAUUGGGUAUUGGCGCAGAAAUUGUUGUUUUUGUUUACUGAUUUCAUUAAGUUACUUAGUGAUAAUAAAGAGUUGAUAUAGUGGAUGUUAAUAAAAUGAAGGAACCGGACUCGAUAGCGGUGUUUUAUCAGUGGUAGUAUUUUUGGUGUGGAGCGGAAUCAGGUACCGUCGGGUACCAGAAACAUGGUGACAUUAAUGCCUUGCAAUUAUUUGAGCCCUCAAACGUCAAGGUGUGCGAUGAUUGAAAAGAUGUGCGACUCAAAGAUGAAACGACCACGUGCCGACGCAGAUUCAUCUGAAAAGGAAACAUCAGUGGCCGAUUCGGCGGGCAGUCCACGAUCGUCGUCUUCGUGUGAUUCGCCUCCUCCUGUCGCUUCUUCCACUGUAUCAGACACAUUGUCCGCGUCAACUCCAUCUUGCAUUCCUUCAACAAACUUUACUUCAUGGUCACUAGAUGUUCAAGGUGUAAAAAGUGAAAUAAAAAGUCCAGGAUUAGCGGAAUCCGAAGAAAACUCUUCGGUGGCUCAGGAUUCUUCAACAUUCUAUGGUUCGUCCGUUGAUUUAGGAAAUUUAUACGAAAAAGACUACCAUCUUCCCUCGUAUUCGUCAGCCCACUCAUAUUAUAACAGCAUGCAACAAGCAUACGGGUCUGCCAGUUCCCCAACACCGUACUUAAACACUUCUUCCCCAUUUUACAACCCAUCGACGUACGCUUAUUCUUCGUUAGCUUCGUCGAAAUCGUUAAAUUCAUCUUGCAAGUCAAGUGCGGCGUACAUUACGUCGCCAUAUUCCGCCGCUGCCCCCUUCAACGCAUCUACCCAUUCGAAUCAGUACGCAUCGUAUGCCUCCUAUUCUGGUUCAGCAUCCUCAAGUUUCGUACAAGGAUUUUCCUCGCAGGCAGUGGAAUAUGGCACAUACGGGUCUACCUUUGCCGAUCCGCAAAAUAGUCAGUUCGCAUCAACUUAUUACGGACAAAAUUAUUCAUCGUACGUUAACCCAUCUAGUUCCAGUGGGAAUACGUGCAAUAACAGUACUUAUCAACUCACUACGUCUUCGGCACUUGAAAAUUCAUCGAACGGUGUAGCGCUAACCGAUGGAUCCAUUUCGCCGCUUAAGUCGGAAUGCUCCAGAAGAUCAAGAGACGGAACGGCAAGUGUUGCGUCGGACGGCAGAGGAACAAGAGGUCGGGGCAGAAGAACGAAUACUACAUCUCCCGCGGGUUCCGAAUCGACAACGGACAGGGUUUUUAUAUGGGAUCUCGACGAAACCAUCAUCAUAUUUCACAGUUUGCUAACAGGGAGUUACGCAUCGAAGUACCAUAAGGAUCCCCAGAGUGUCUUGCAAUUAGGAUUCAAAAUGGAAGAAAUGGUUUUUAAUUUAGCAGAUACACAUUUCUUUUUUAAUGAUAUCGAGGAAUGUGAUCAGGUACAUAUAGACGACGUUUCUUCCGAUGACAAUGGACAAGAUUUAUCCAAUUAUAAUUUCAGUACGGACGGAUUUCAGGCAUCCACGACAGGAGGAAAUUUAUGUUUAGCGACGGGAGUACGAGGAGGUGUUGACUGGAUGCGAAAAUUGGCGUUUAGGUACAGAAAAAUUAAGGACACGUAUAAUAACUACAGAAACAGUGUGGGUGGUCUCCUAGGAUCGAGUAAGAGGGAGCAGUGGCUCCAGUUAAGGGCGGAAAUAGAAACUGUAACUGACAACUGGCUUACUUUGGCCAACAAAUGCUUAACACUAAUAAAUUCCAGAAACAACUGCGUAAACGUACUAGUUACAACAACCCAAUUAAUACCCGCAUUAGCCAAAGUAUUGUUGUUUGGUCUGGGUGGUAUAUUCCCGGUAGACAACAUAUAUUCAGCUACUAAGAUUGGUAAAGAAAGUUGUUUUGAGAGAAUUGUAACUAGAUUUGGUCGAAAAUGUACAUAUGUUGUAAUAGGCGAUGGUCAGGAUGAAGAAACUGCGGCAAAGUCAUUAAAUUUUCCAUUCUGGAGGAUAACGAGUCAUUCUGAAAUAGCUGCUUUAUAUAAUGCCUUAGAUAUGGAUUUUUUAUGAUUUGGCUUCGCCUGUUUAUUAUUUCUGUAAAAAACUGUAUAUUUUAUAAAUACUCAUAA